AUGGGGAUCUUGGAGAAAAUCAAGGACAUCGAGCUGGAGAUGAGCCGUACGCAGAAGAAUAAGGCCACUGAGGGUCACCUGGGAAUCUUAAAGAGCAAGCUCGCCAAGCUUCGAACGGAGCUCCUGAACCCGCCGAAAGCGGCAGGGGGUCCGGGUGAGGGCUUUGAUGUCGUCAAGUACGGUCACGGACGCGUGGCGCUGAUAGGUUUUCCGUCGGUGGGGAAAUCAACGCUUCUGAGCCAAUUGACAGGGACGGAGAGCGAGGCUGCGGCGUACGAGUUCACAACGCUCACGUGCAUUCCAGGGGUGAUACAUUACAACGACGCGAAGAUACAACUGUUAGAUUUACCCGGGAUCAUCGAGGGCGCUUCGGAGGGUAAGGGUCGAGGCCGUCAGGUCAUCGCCGUGGCGAAAUCGAGCGACUUGAUUUUGAUGGUGCUCGACGCGUGCAAGAGUGAGGCGGCGAAUUCGCGAUACGCGCACAAAGAUAUACUCACACGGGAAUUAGAGGCGGUGGGACUGAGAUUGAAUCAAAAGCCGCCGGGGAUUUAUUGGAAGAAGAAAAAGGCGGGAGGGGUGCAGGUGAACAGCGUUGUCCCAGGCGGGUUGACAAAGAUUGAUGAAAGGACGGUGAUAAAAGUCUUGCAGGAGUACAAGAUUCAUCACGCCGAGGUACUGUUUCGCGAAGAUUGCACCGUCGAUCAAUUGAUCGACGUCCUUGAGGGGAACAGAAAGUACGUUCGGUGCCUUUACGUGUACAACAAGUGCGAUGCGCUCACCAUCGAGGAGGUGAACAAUCUUGCGAGACGACCCGACUCUGUGUGCAUCUCUUGCUAUAUGAACCUCGGGAUGGAGUACUUACUGAAGCGCGUGUGGGACGCUAUGGGACUCGUUCGCGUGUACACGAAAAAAAUGGGCGAGAAGGCUGAUUUUGAGGAGCCCGUCGUCCUGAGCGAUGCCCGCGGCGGCAUCUCCGUGAAACACUUCUGCUCGCAGCUCCACGCCGACCUCCCCGAUCAGCUCAAGUACGCCCUCGUCUGGGGCACGAGUCCGAAGCACAUGGGCCAGAGAUGCGGGCUGAAGCACCGUCUUGACGACGAAGACGUCGUGCAAAUCGUCAAGAGCGAUCUUCAUCUGAACGAGGGGGUCGGUCGUUUCAGCACCAAGAAGCGAAACGACCCGGCGCGCAUCCAGGACCGAGUCAAGAAGGAAAAGCUCAAGACGUAA